CUGGAAAAUUCAAACGCAGAAUUUCUCUCUCCUCGCUCUUGAGCUCGUCUUCUCUCUCGUCACAUCAAUCCACACUGUUAAGUUUCUGUUUUUCAAGCUCUCUGCUGCUUCUGCACUUCUAUUGGUCCCUUCACUUCCCAAAUCCCAAAUCUUAAAAAUCUACCUUCCUUCCUCUUCCCUUGUUUUAACCUUUUCCUGAUCUGACCCAUUUCUCAAGAAUCUCUCUCUCUCUUUCUAAUUUCUUGAUGUUUUAACUUUCAUCGAUUUCAAUUCUCAAUUGUUGUGGGUUUGAGGAACACAAGACCCCCCUAGUGAGAAAAAUCCGCAGCAUUUCUGGGGUUUUAGGGUUAGAUCUUUUGCUAACGCCAACGUACGUUUUGUUCUUACCUUAAGGUUCAGCAUUUCUGGGGUUUUGCUCCAGUGGCUACAUUUUACUGUUAACGUGUCAAAGUCUUCGAAUUCGGUUGAUUCCUCCACAAGGAUUUCUGCAAUUAACCCAAAUGUAAUGAGCCCAUAAGUGAAAGUUGAGGUCUUUGGUCAUCCAAAGUAAAGCUAAUAGAUGGAAUAAUUAAACAAUGGAGGUUGUUGAAAGGAAACGAUCCAGAGGAGGGUUUUUAAAUCUAUUUGAUUGGCCUGGAAAAUCCCGGAAGAAGCUCUUCUCCUCCAGCAGCUCGGAACUGUCAGAAGAAUCAAAGCAGACAAAACGGAAUGCUCAAAACCUCUCAAAGCUUUCUCUCAUUGAGGUUGAUGAGAUUGGCAAAAAUUCGAGUUACAACUCAAGAAGUGACUCGAGCUGUUGUGCAUCUUCUGUUACCAGUGAUGAUGGGCAGGGGACAAGAGCCCCGAGUGUGGUUGCGAGGCUCAUGGGUUUAGAGUCUCUACCAGUACCAAAUGUCCAGGAACCUCGGUUUAAUCCUGAUCUCGAUCCAUUCUUCCUCAGACCUUCACGAAACACAAACAAAUGGAAUGCAUAUGAGAAUCUUGGUUAUGUAAAUCUCCGUAGUGACUAUGAUGGAAUUUCCUGGGAACAUUUGGAUUCAAGAACGAAUGAUGGCCGCAACCGACCCAUUGAGCGGUUUCAAUCUGAGACAUUUCCUCCCAGGUCGGCUAAACCGAUUUGUGUUACCAACAAUAGGCUCUUGUCUCCUAUCCGGAGUCCUGGGUUUGUCCCAUCUAGGAACCCUAUAUAUGUUAUGGAAGCGGCUUCAAGAAUGAUUGAACCAAGUUCUAGGAUGGUUGCUAGAACUCGGUUUUCGCCAUCUGAUUCUCCUUCAUCAGUUCCUAUGAGGAUUCGAGAUUUAAGAGAGAAACUAGAAGCUACACAGAAAGUGUCAAGCCGCCAAAUCUACAAUGAUACCUUCAACCUUAAGGACCCUAGUGGAAAGCAAAACGAGAAGAGAGCCUCAACACCGCUCAUGACACCGUCCACUAGUAAGUUCAUGGGAAAAAGCAGUUCUGAUAGUCUGAAGGGUAAAGUGAGGCCACCUUAUGUAUCUGCACAAGCAAAGACCAACACAACGCCCGUAAGUGUCACCAGAAACUCUGCAAGCCAAAAAGAGAAAGCAGAAGCUAAAAGGGGCAUUGUCAAAAGCCAGAAUGGUCUCAGAGGACCUCCCAUUAGCACGGGAAAGAGUGUGCUUAAGCAGAAUUACCAGAAACAGAACGGCAGAGACAACCAACCAUUGAUGACCUCUGUUUCAAACCAAAAAAGCAGCAAAGUAAAUAAAAAAAUUGUAAACAAGGUUCCAAGGGAAAGCGGAUCGAUACCAAAGCAGUCGGGUUUAACAACGGCGUCGGCUGGAAAGAAUACUUCUUUAUCUCUGUCCCGCAAAAAGACUCUUCCCCGGAGCAAAAAACCUCCAAAUGGGUUGCAAAAAUCUGGGAUCUCCGAUGAUAAACGGCUCAAAAGGGGAGAAAAUUUGAUCAAAUGUAACAUUACCAUUGAUGGUGGCUUGAACACAGGCACAGAUGAUCGGAAAAAGGAAAUGGAUGUGAUUUCCUUCACAUUCUCAUCCCCCGUUAAAGGUUUAUCAUCUGAUUCACUAUCUUCCAUUCAAGGAAUUGAUCAAGACACAGACUCUGCAGUUAGUUUAAAUAUGAUUGGCAGCGAUUCUUUAAAUGUUCUGUUAGAGAAAAAGCUCAGAGAGCUGACUUAUAAGCUUGAGUCUUCUAGCUGUAGCCUGACCCAAGAUGAGUCUUUACUUUCCAGUGCAAAGGAUGGGGUGAACAAGAUGAUUUCAGCAUCGUCAGAGUAUGAAAAGUUGACCCAAAACGGUCUGGAUAAAGUUUUAUCAGAGAGUGAAUCUGUUUCUGACUGCACUUCAUUCUAUGACAAACAUAAAUUCCAGGUGAUACAAUCAGAAGAGCAAGAAGUUAGCAGCAUUAGCACUGUGACAGAAGCAGAUGAUCUCAGAAGCUCCUGCAGCAAGGGUUUCGCAGAAUGCAGACACACCACAGAAUAUGGGAUUAAACAGUCCUCAUCAGAUCAAGAAUUCACGUGGGUUUCAUCAAAUGAGUUGCACCAAGCACUAGACGAGUCCGAGCUCUCAGAAUCUGUAAUAACGCUGACUUAUUCAGAAGACGAAGAAAGGCUCGACUGGGAGCUUGAGUACAUAUCCGAGAUCCUCGGUUCUGACCAACUGAUGGUGAAAGAAUUCGCUUUGGGAAUGGCUACUGACAUAUUACCUGCGAGCCUCUUUGACGAAAUGGAAGGCCGGGGAGAAGCAACAGCAGUCAAACUCAAGAGAAAGACACUGUUUGAUUUUGUCAAUAUGUGCUUAACGCUCAAAUGCGAGCAGAUGUUUAUGGGUAGCUGCAGAGGGCUAUUGGGGAAAGACGGGAUAUUGUUUGAACAGAGAGAUUGGUUAGCUGAAGAACUGAACAGAGAGAUUCACGGGUUGAAGAAGAUGAGAGAGAUGAUGAUGGACGAGCUUCUUGACAAAGAAAUGAGCAGUUUCGAAGGUUGCUGGCUUGAUUUCGGGAGAGAGACUUAUGAGGAAGGCAUUGACAUUGAGGGAGAGAUAGUCUCUACGUUGGUUGAUGAUUUAGUUACUGAUCUUGUCUCGGUGUUUAAAGAAGAACAUUGAAGCUAAGGAAAGGGUUAGUCUCUGCUUUGGCUGAGUCUGAUCUUCCCUCGGCAUUUUAGAAGCUUCUUUUGAUAGUUUCUUUGACACGAGAACUGAGAAAAAAGUGAAAAAGUAGCCAAUAUUGAGGAGCAUUCUCUCACAAUGUAAUUCAGGAGUAUUCCAUCUUUUAUCGUUUCUACAGUUUUAUAUUAUUUAUUUUUCUUUUGUCUACAUGUGUAAUCUUUUUACCGAUCGAAAUGCAAAUAAUGCGAUAAUUGUCCUUCAUUCA